UUGAAUAUUUGUCAUGCAAAUGAAAAAUCUAGCACUGAAUUAACAAUUCAAUGCUGUCACCACACGACUGGACGAAGACAGAAUCAUUUUAUUCAGUUUUCUUUAGAUGAUCCAUCUGAAACACAGAAAGAAGAGUUCACGUUUGAGAUUGAACAGAUGAAGAUGUUAGGCUCACAUAAGAAUGUUGUAUCUAUGGUUGGAUGCUGCACGCUUGAAGAGAAAAUGUUCCUGGUUAUAGAAUACGUUCCGUGUGGUGACCUCUUGGCUUGGCUUCGCCGCAGAAGAAAAAAGGUAAGAAAGUCAAAAAAAUCUCAUUGCAGCGUGCUCUCGUGUUCUGAAAGUGUAGACCACCAUUUUUUAUGACUAUAUAGCUUCCAGUUCUAUCGUGUAUUGGGACUAUUGCAGAUUUACAUCUGCGAAGAUGCCAAUUUUAUACUUGUUAUUGAAAUUAUAAGAAUUUUUUUAUAACUUUUGUUACAAAGAGAAAAUACUUUCUCCCGAGAUUACUCAGUGCAUAAGCGAAGAUGUUUUAACAUUAUCAUAUAUCCGGCACUGGAUUUUAUCCAAUGUGCUUGCACUCACUCUAUAGGCAGCCAAGUCCAAGGAGCAAGAACGCAUCCUCAACACCCAUGAAACUCACUCCCCCGCAAGCUCUGCUAGUAAUGUUACGAUUAUGAGUCACAGCAUUUAUUUGGCUGUGUUAGCCUACAGGGAAAUUGCCUUGACUUUGAACUGCAUUCUGGCUUGAUAAUCUAUCAAAGUGACAAAAUCUCCUCUACCUACCCCCCUACUUUUGACACAAAAAAGCCAGCCACCCACCCCCUAUAAGGUCUGGGCCUAAGCUCGGUGAUAAGCUCUCUGGAUAUUUUUGGCUUCCCUGGCUUGAUGCCCGUGUUCAAGCGAAAACUUUGCGCGGACCUUUAAGCAAAGUCACACAGAUGUAUUGGUCUUUAUUUGUUCCGAAACUGAUAACGUUGCUUGCUGGACGUCUAGAUCAACGAACUUAAAGCCUCCGAGACAUCAUAUGCUGACAAAGAGGUUCUGAAAGAUCAGGAAGAGACCAGAGAUAAGGUACGCUUGUUAACAAACUGUACUGAUUCAAUAUUUUAUCCAUUUUUGUUUGACCCUGACAUUUUUUCUUUUCUUCAAAGUCCCCAAACCGUUUGCUGUUUGUUCUCUGUGUCUGGUUGACGGUUCAGUUGUACGUAAUCAAAGACUUUAUUAAAGGCGCUUUCCAAAAGUCAGAAUUGGCCGUCCAGACCAUAGCCGGCACCAGUCAUUUUGACAAUGAAAAAUGCUUUUUUGCAAGAGCUUUUGUUGAAACACCAUUUCCUUUGUGCCUGCUAUUUGGGAUCUGACUGAUAGUUUUGAUUAAAAGUGAAAUUCUCUUUAUGACUGGAAGGGUCUGGCCGGUCAGUUCUCACAAAUGGAAAGCGUCCUAAGACGAUAUUAAGACACUGAAAUUGUUUCCAUGCUUCCCAAAAUCACCAAAAAGUUAUUAUGUUUAAUGCCCUGUGAUAAAAUUUUUUUUGAUGUCUUUUUUAUGGGGUGGUAUAAGAGGGAAGGUGGAACACUCUCAUAGGGUGGAUUGAACGGUCUUUCCUUCAUUCUAGGAAAAACAAGCAGGCAAACUUUUGAAGAAAACGGCAAAGGAAGAGCAGGCUCAGGUCACCAUGGAAAUGAUCUCAUUGCGCCAGAGUGGCGACCCAAAGGACAUGGCGUCAGCCACUCACAGUCUCCCCGAUGUAAGAAUUUUAAUAAACACACUCAAGCCACAAGCGGCCCUGUCUCCAUCCUUGGAGGCCUAGGGGCAGUCAGGUGGUUCGGGAAAAAACGUUUGAGCCCCGGUUACCGACUCUCACCAGACCAUUUUCAAACAAUCCAGCGAGUGCUGACUCCCGAUUGGGCACAAAAAAAUGCUUUGUAUUAUUUUGCCCAAUGGGCGAACAGGGGCUUCUAUUUUCUUUUCGUGUGUUCGUACACGACGGCUAUUAUCUCGCCAUACUUUCACCAAGGUUGGGCGUGCAAGGGGAAUCUUGGCUUUUCCCACUUUGCCCCUACCAGAAACGUAGGAACUACUGAUGAUUUGAGAAGACGUUUCAGAUGCUAUCAGCAGGACCUAGACCAUUCUGUCACAAGCAGGGUGCAAAGAAAGUCAGUUUUACAGCCUGCCAUUCGGGCAAGCUGUAGCUAGUAUGUACUAGCCCACAAGUCAUUUUUCAACUAGCCCCCAAACCGUUUUUGAUUAGCAAGACUGAUUACCAUCCUUCUGUAAUUUGAAUUUCCCCAAAAAACAGCACUUGCCCGUCGGGAAAAAUCACUAGCCCGAUGGCAAAAUCCACUAGCCCCGGGCUAUCGGACACGACGUUCUUUGCACGCUGCACAAGAUAUCGUAAAUGAUAUAUACGAUGGCGUGAUCGAUAGGGAUCGAUGCAAGCUUGAAUGCGUGUUGUAAGCUCAAGUUUAUGUUUUUGGAUAAGCAUCUUUUAAGAGUGCAUCCACGAAAGGACCAGGCAGGGGUGGCACAAGCCAUCUAACCGAUUUCGAUGAAACUUGGCCAGUUUGAAGGGGUCCACCCAAAACUACUUCACUCUAAGUGUAAAGAAAGUUGGUCGAAACCGGGGAGAGUUGACCACCCCCCUUGUUUUUUUUUUUAAAAAUGACCAAAAAACACCAAAAAAUUGGUCAAAAGUAUAAAGCUCUACUGCUAAAAGAAUUCCACCAAAUCUUUUCAUAUUUUCAGUGAAUGUUAUCCUACCCAAAGACAAUUUAUUGUAACUGUUUCGUUCUUCUACGACAAGUUCCUAUGACACAAGUCAUCUCAGCCAAGACCCGCCCUCUCACCCAAUAGUGAAAAUUGUUGAAAUAUCCAAAGUUUAGGCCAAAACAUCUCCAAUGCCGGAGCAUGCUUCCAAAAACGGAGCAUACCGUCUAGAAGGCGGGACUUCAUACUAACAUUAUCUGCAAAAAAAUCUUUGGGCACUCAUUUAAUUAUUCCACAGGAAGACUGCAAACACGUCGUCCACCACAGGGUACCCGCGUCAAUUUUUUCCAUUAUAACGCGCUACUUCGGUAAUUAUGGCACAGCAACAGACAAAUAAUGCCACAAAAUGGUUGCACACCAUACACUUUGAUGAAAUAGAAUCAUUUCUAUCUAAUCGCUAAAAUAAAAAAAACUUGGCCCACCACAGGAUACCCACGUCAUUUUUUUUUCAUCAUAACUCGCUAAUUCGGUAAUAAAGACAUAGCAACAGGUAGAAAAUGCAGCAAAAUGGUUACACACUAUAAAAUUUAAUAAAAUUGAACCAUUUCAAAAGCUUUUGUUUGUCUUAAGCCAUGAAAAUGACAAUCGACGACUUAAUGAUGACCUCUAUUAUAUUGUAUAAGUGAACUUCGUGACGGAGCUUUCUGAUCACUAAGUCAAACACGAGAGUCACAGAACUCUAUCAAAAUGCUUACAUUGUCUGUAUUUGAACGUUAGAAUGAUCGUAUAAUGAAACUGACUUUUGUUCAUCUAAUAAAGGAAUAAUACAUUUGCUUGAAACUUGCACGCCACAUUGCAUCUUGAUGCAGAAAACUUUAUUAGAAAGACCUCGCUAUACUGAAAACAAAAUCAACUGCGUGUUUUUGUGAGUUGUGCCCUAAAGAACUGUCCUUUGUAAGAACUAUCAAAGACAAAAGUCAAAAUAGAUAUAAUCAAACAGACACACAAACAAACACUCUUAUCGAAAGUAAAGUUACAGUUCUAGCUCCCUCCUGAUUUGAAGCCGUGUUCUGAUAAGGGGAGCUUCAGCCAUAUAUGGGUCUUUCUCCUCAUCUUCGCUUUCUCCUCCCUCGGGUACCGGUUCUGUUGGCGCUGGCCUCACCUCCUCUCUUCUAUGAAGCCCCCCACUCCUGUUUAAUGCGGCCAUUCUUCUGAAAUAUCCGGAAAUCUGGGUAGAUGUCAGCCACUCGUCUUUGGUAAAUACCUUCUUUCCGUCAGCGGUUCGCACGGACCUCAUUCGUGCUGCUACAUCCUCAGCCGCUGCUUUAUUCCCGCUGUCCUCUCCUUGAAGGAAGACUUCACGCAAAAAUUGGCGCACUUUAGUGGUGAAAUGAACAGACUUCUUGGUCUUUUUUUAAUGCCCAGCCCGCGUCAGCUGUUGGCAGCGGGUCUUCCGACUGGCUAUGGGAAACUGAGGCGGAUGAGCACGUAGCUACCAGAAAUUGACUUGCAGGUCUCUGCCCACUUUUUCUUUAUCACGUCGUACGUGGACUCUCUCUCUCUAACGCGAGAAGGUGUUUCCCGGCAUCAAGGUGACGCUGAAGGCUGCUGUGACUUUGGUAAACUUUUAUGCAACCCUCCUCUGGGCAGCCAAAGGACACACGCUCUUCUUCUUCGAGCUGAAUCCGUUCUACGGCUAUAGGGUCCGUUGGAGGAGCUGCGGGCUGCUGUUCUUGCAUGCACGGAAGACACCAGUCAGUAUGUCAGGACUAUUGAAUGCCUGGAGAACUUGUAAGUUUGUCGGGGGUACCGAGACGCGCUAGCGACGCCGCGGAAAAGACCUUUCCGGGUCGGACAUUGUAGGCCCGCCACGAGAUCAUCUCUCCACUUUCAGUGAACACGAAGUUGUUCAAAGACUGUAUGCCACUCAGCGAGUGCUUGGUCAUGUUUUGGGACCUUUCGGCAACCUUGCACACCACUGAGUAGCACCCUUUGACGCCCCCAUGCGAGUCAAUAGCAGCUUUCAUGUCACUUGCUGUCUUGACGUCAUUGCCUUCAUUAAUGUAGCGCCUAAUGUGGCCCUUCAAGGCGGCGGCUCGGCGGUCACAUAUGUCUUUCCCAGCUUGGGCUUCACUGAAGUCAUAACGAGCUAUGCGGACACCAACCCGCUGUCCAAGGCUUGGAAGACUGAGAAGAAGAAAUGCGCAGUGAUAACAGCCUGCGUUGUCAGAUCUCAGGAAAGCUUCAUUCAGUCUAGAUUUCUCUCGCUUCAUGGUGGUUAGUGAAUCUUCGAUGAUGGAGGAAAUGCUGAACCAGUUUUGAUUGCAUUCAUCAAAUAAGUGGAUAUAUGUACGUGUCUGAAAAUCAUAAUAGUAAGGCAUUUUUUACCAUGAAUAGUGCGCCAAGGGACCUGGUCACAGUCAAGGGCUAAUGGAGUAUUAACCUGCGCAUUUUGACUUGAAACAGAGAUAACACCCGGGAAGGUCUGCUUUUUUCGAGAAUGUUUAUGGCCUUUUAUUUGGAUUAAAAAUGUACUCCGUCCCAUGCGCUUUUGCGCGCGCUUACCUGCGUCGCCAACGUUUUAUCUUUAUAUAAGUGCCGAAAGCAAUGAAAUGUUGAAAUUCACUAUUAGGAAUUUAAGCUUUAGCGUCUUUUCUCGGCCUGGCAUUCUUAUCAGUUAUCCAAUUUUGCAAUCGGUUAGCGCAACAAAGACCGCGCUCACGAGAAACUAGUUUAUAGUGGUCAGUGAGCGAUAAAGACAGAAGAGAUUGUUCCAUCUUCUGCUUUAGUGAUGGCCACCGAGAGAUGCCAGGACUUCCCCUUCUUUCCAAACCAGUCGCGCUGCGUUUCGCGAAAGCUGGUGGGAACAAACUUCAUCGCCCAGUCCAUUAUUAGCAGCACCUGUGAUGGUUUCAGGCUAUCAUCAAUUUCGCUCUUGGCCACAUCCUGGUGAACUGAACGGAGAAAGUGCGACUUCCAAUCUUCUAUGCUCGGCGCAGCGCAGCUCAAAUCAUGCUGUAACUCCUCUCGUUUAUCAGGACUAAAAAGGGAAAGAGUAGAGCUUGUCAACAUCACGGCGGGAUAGCGUCAGAAAUUUUUCUUUGGAGCCGUUUUAUCAAAAAAUAAUGAUGACUCUCACUUUUUUCGUAAACUGCGUUUCAUUUAAAACAUAUGUUCAUUAGGUUUAGAACCACCCAAAGCAAUUUAAAAUUUCUAACUGAAACUCAUAUAAAGCGCCUUGGGGAUUAGGUUGUUAGUUGACAAUAAAUGCUAAACUCCGCUUUUCUGUCACAAAGUUGUUUUACCUUAGAUGUACUUCACCUGAAUCCAACGCUAGUUGCAGAUCUGAGACAGCAUUCUUUAGGUCUUCGCACCGGUCACAGGUUAUGGUAUGCUGAUGUUGGCACUGACCGUUGUACUCUUUCUCUGUCCUACUGAGGGCGAACACUCUGCAGUGAUCUGCGCACGGGAAUUCGCUGGCUGUGUGGAUCUUGAAAUCCGUCUUCAGAUACUGCCGACCUGCUUUGAGUCGCAUUAGAAUGUUAUCGGCCGUUGUGCUAUCCAGUCCUGUGAUAGAAAAAAUACACACAAUAAUAAAUACUGAUACUCCGUCAGCUUAUUAAAAGUUGUGACAACUCGUGCACCUACAGUAAUAAUGGAAGGUGUUUGUAUCUCACCGGCUUGUUUGAGUUGAUGAGUGAUGUCUUCAAGAGUGGCGAGCGCCUGUACCCCAUCUGUCUGAGUGCUAUCCAGACCGGCUAACGAUUUCUUUAGUGAAGCCCCACAAACCUGAAGAGAAACAAAAUUCUUUGGCUUCAAACUAAUUUCUAAAUGCAAACCAUUACUACUACUACACCACUACUACAACUGCAAUUAACCCUGAUCAAAAUUCGUCCUUUACGAACGUUUUAUAAUUAACAAUUAUUCCACGAGGGCGCGUUGGAUAUGAGAUGAUAGAUAGCCAACGAGGCGCGUAGCGACGAGUUGGCUAUAAUCAUCUCAUAUCCAACAAGCUCGAGUGGAAUAAUUGUUUUAUUAAAAACGCCCACAAAAUCUCGUUGAAUCUACCCGACCAGAACAAACCGGAAAAGACAAGAGACUUCCACUAUUCACAUGUCACACGUCUAUCAAAACUGUCAGCGUGCGAACGGACUCGCCUGGACUGCAUGAAUGAAAAAUCAAAACAUUGUAGCGAUGAACAUUAGUUUUUUAAAAACUCAUUGGGAUUCUAGGAUUUUACACAGCAGAACAGCCAAAAAAACCUGCAGAUAAUGUGAAGGAAAAGAAUUUUUAAGUGACAGCCGUCGAAAUUACUGUGAAUUUGGAUUUUCGGUGCAGUUAUAAAAGUAAGAACAACGGAGAAAAACUAUUACCUCGGUCGCUUGUUAUGAAGUUGUUUGAAGCCACAAGCUGGUUUUGCUGAACGAGAAAAGAAGCUAUACUGCCGCCUCGAUUGCUCUAGUGAAUGGCUGCAUAGCCUGUAUUUGUAGCUGGUUACUUGUGAUUUAUAUUCUUGAUGUCGGAUAAACAAGCCGCAGUUAUCUAUCGGCGAGUGACUCGAUCGGCGAAUGGCUUCGCAAUCAUGAAGAAACAACACUUGUCUUCUUUCGUAGCUGGUCAAGGUACUUUAGUUCCAUGUGUUUUCACGUGUUUUUCGACAAACUUUCAAACAAGCUCUUGUGGCUUUUUUGUUUGUUUUUGUCUUUUUUCUUUCGAUGAAAUUGUAUUUCUAGCAUUCUAAGAAAUGAAUUAAAACAAUUUGCUUCGGGCGCCGUUCUAUCCUUCGCGAAAAAAAUCUCAGCUAGCUUCCAAUUUUAAACUGACGCGUACACCGACCAUAUAUGGAGAGCAUGGUACAAUAGCUCAUAUACCAUAACGGCUAAGCCAAUCAAAAUGCUACAAUUGCAUUAUCCAAUGAUUCAGUUUUUAAUAAUUGAUUAUAUUGAAGAGCGCGGAGCGUCCGAGAGGCUCAAAAUUGGACUCUACACAAAAGUUCGGGUACAUGCGCACUAGGUGGCAGGAUAUAACUGUGCGCACCAUGUUCGGGAUCUCUAAGCUCUCUCCACUCUCCAGUUAAAGAGUUCUAGUGCCAUAUGCCACAUCUUGAAGAACUGAUGGACUGGACAAGAAGUCAAGAAAGCGGUCAACUUUCACAGCAUCCAAACGGCAUCUGGUGAUCCUUGGUGGGUCAAUGGGUUGCCCGGGCUUAGUUUGGAAAGCGUGCUUCCUUGCCUCGUCGAUUCUCCAUUUUGAGAGACCCGGAAUCAAAGCCAAUAGCUCGCUCUUCGAGUAGUCGUUCACGAAAAGCGACAGGAUCUGCUGUCUCGUGUACCAAUAGGCGGCUUCCUCAUACAGAAUCACCAGUCUGGCAACCAGCGUGUCUUCGACUAUACCCUCGGCCGCUUGUAAACGAAUCCAGGCGUUGCAUGACUUGGUGGUAGAGCCAGGAGGUGUUGCCAGGGGCAAUGGAUUCAAGCACGCCUUCGAUAGCCUGCUCCGCUUUUUUCCGGUAGUAGCGCUGGGUUCUGGAUGACAUAGUAAGAACGUCACAUUGGCACUGUGACCUCACCGGGCUGACCCUGCCUUCAGUAGCCAUUCUGAGGAAAUUAUUAAGGUAGUAAAGGCGCUGCUGUAUUUGAGGGGUGGGCUGCCAUUCUGCAGACGUCUCUGCUGCGCCAAGAGACUCCUGGGAUCCAGAUGACGUCCGCGACAAAGCGUCUGAAUGGCGGUCGCUGGGGUCUGAGUCGCGAUCGCUAUGCUGGAAGAGAAAAAAGCUGUAUUUAGUAAAUAUCUACUUAUUCCAUCAGUUUGGCAUUAUUACCGUAUAGUCAGCGUGUACAAGUUUUACAUUAAAGAAUUCCUGUUGGCCGGUAUGCUUUGCGCCCGUUGGCUUUGUUUAUGAACGCUAUACGAAUCUGCUCAAACCUCUCUAAGAUUAAUAACAGGAGUAGAAUGAGCUUUGAAUAGUAAUUGUUACGAGCAAUUGAUGAUUAUAUUUUAUUAAAUUUCGCGCUAUAGGCUUCAAAUGAAGUUCGAUAAAUAAGAGUGAGCAACAUUCGAAACCACGACCGCAAAGCAUACUCGAAGACAGGCAUUCUUUGAAAAGAGACAAUUUUAUGACUCAACCAUAUAGUGACUCAGUAUAACAACCAAUUUUAACGAAUUCCGAUUUUAUUCAAAGUCUAUGCAAAUUAGUGUGAGAACCAACAUUAUGCCCAAUACAUCAAGCAACAACGACCCCUCUUCCUCCUUUCCUGAUUUGUUCUAAAGAUCAGUGGAUUAUGACAACAAUUACAAAGCAAGUGACGCAAACAUCCCGCCCCUUUGAAAUCAGUAAACUCAUUCACACACUGCCGAAGAAGAACUUACCUCACUAAUGAAGAUCUUCUUGGAAUCUUACGUGAAGGGCAGGGGCAGCAGACAAUUGUUCCGAUUCUUCUGUAGCAGGCGGUAGUAACUGUGCUGGCUCUACUAUUUCCUCUGCGGACUCCGUAGAACGUGAAGGUUCGUGAAUCUGAGGCUCUGGGUGAGACGUGGACGCCAGUCCGGGAUCUUGUACUUCGGAAUCCGCGUCAGUAGAACCUACAUUUCUUAGAUGGUCACCACGGCAUUGUCUACAAGCCCCUGCGUACAAGAAUAAACCUAAAAUGAGUUUUGGUAGCAUUAUGGUUUGUUAGUUUGUCGUAACAGGCUGAAUAGAACAAACUGUUUGGAACUUUUCCCAAGCAAUAAACGGCUUGCUUACAUCCAUUUAGGCAUUCUAAUAUUUCUUAGAGGGAGGGAUUUUACCAAGCUAGAUUCUAAAUAGGUUUUUGCCGCCAUUCCUAGCCAAAAGAGGGCCCCAGUGGGCCCCGCCUUUAAAAAAUCAUAUAUCUGCGGAAACAGAAACCUCUUCUUCUGAAAUUGGGGAUGUAAAUUUGACCCUGUUGGAAGUAUUAGUGAUUAGUGCUGUAGAAAAUACUAGAAGGCCGCGCGAUCUGGUAGGCCAGCGUAGGCCAUCAGUAAAAGUAUAAUUAGCGGCAAUUCCAGUGCGGAUUUUAAACAAAAAUCUGAUAAUUUUUCAGUGAGGCGCGUAUUUUCACGUCCCGUUCUAGAACACUCAUUCUUAAUUGACGCCGGGCUCUAUAUUAAAAGGCCUGGCCCUGAGGUUUCGCCAAAAAAAUAUCUGUAUAGUCACUGUAGCUUUUGAGAGAAUUGCCCUAUCCCCCGCCCCUCCUGCAUGGGGAAAAAUGACCGAUUAGAAGCAGGAACCUAUAACUAUGGGCUACCGUUAGAACGUAACUAGCUAAGAUACAAAAAGGAAAACAACGGAAGGGCAAAUUGACCUGGUAAAUUUAAAAAUAGAUUAAAACUCUUGUAGAUCAAAAUUCACCACACAAUCUCUUAUGUGUUUGUUUGUUUGUUAUUCUUUUGCGAAAUAAAUAUCAUACCCUAUAACUCAUAAUUAAUUUCUUACAAGAUCUUCCAUCCUUCCCCCCACCCCCGCCAAAAAAAAGAAAGAAAAAAAAAACUCCUUUUCCACUUUUGUAUAUAUUAAUAAAACAAUUGACUAAACUUGUGUAUUAGUCAAUCAUUUGCCCCAUGUAAGGGAAUCCGGAGUCCGGAAUCCUAGAAAAUUUUGCUAGUGGAAUCCGGAAUCCCACUAAUGAUUGAAAAAGAACCCAAGUUCCACUGACAAAUACUGGAAUACAGUGAUUGGAAUCCUGUCUUGAUUCCCUUACAUGAGGCGAAAUCAUCAAGAAACCAAAGCAUGUAUAAGUACCGUAUUUACCUUCAGUGAUCACGCUUACCUGAGCCCACGGGAACCAAAACGUCCCACCUUUCCUUUAUCUCUUUCGACAUUUUCAAGUUCACCCCUCUGGAUACUUUACCCUUACGGCGACCAUGAAGCGGAUGCUGGCAUUUUCUUGAAGGACAAUACUUUACUCCAAGUAAAACGCGAUGCUUGGGGCAAACAACCAUAUCCUUACCCUCCUUGUCAAACAAACCGACACGAGCAAGUAUCAGCUCUCUCUCAGAGGCUACACAUGAUUGUGUUGCUUGCAAUUCUCUCAAAUGCGCCUUUACAUCACUGACGCAAGAUUUCAAAGGAAAAAACUGUGUACGAUCGGGGUAUCUAGUUGAUACGUCACACUCACUGGUACAGUGCACGGCAGAAGAGCACGAGAACUGCGACAUAGUGUUUAACGAGAGACCUUUUCACCUCUACAUCCUAUACCUCUAACCGAUCGGCGCAUGUGAGGAAUACUUUGAAAUAUCCAUGCGCGUUCACGCUUUUUCCAAUCAACGGUCUAUUUAUAAGAAAGCGUGUGAAUCUCAACACUAGGCUGUUAGGUCUAUUACAUAUCCUAAGCCCGAAUUCAACAUUUACGAUCGCCAAACCUUUAUACAUGUAAAAACUCCGUUUUUAAAGAAGAAAACAAAACAACUCAAUUCGUUCGCGUCAAUUUGUAUUUUUAAAGCGAACGUUUGUUCUGUUUGUAGUUAUUAUGGAAAAUCGAAUCAAGCUAUCAAAUUACAAAGAUGUAUGCGCUUGCCAGGAAGUAAUUUCCAGGGACUAGAAAAAAAAGCGUUUGGCUGUAGACAGCCAAACGCUUUUCUCCUUUUUUUCUCCUUUUCAGGCGUAUUAGGCAACCGACUUGAGUCGCAAGCAAAUCAAUUUAUUUUCAGAAAAGGGAAUUCUUUUGGAUAACGUUUUCUGUAUCAAGAUGCAAUGUGGCGUGCAAGUUUCAAGCAAUUGUACUAUUCCUUUACUAGACGAACAAAAGCAAAUUUUAUUAUACAAUCAUUCUAAAGUUCAAAUACAGACAAUGUAAGCAUUUUGAUAGUGUUCUGUGACUCAGGUGUUUGACUUAGCGAAGAGUAAAUUUCGUCACGAAGUUCACUUAUACAAUAAUAGAGGUCAUCAUAAGGCCGUCGAUUCUCAUUUUCAUGGCUUAGGACAAACUAAAGCUUUUGAAUUGGUUCAAUUUCUUUUUAGUUUAUAGUGUGUAACCAUUUUGAGGCAUUUUCUGUCUGUUGCUACGUUAUCAUUACCGAAUUAGCGCGCUAUAAUGAAAGGGGGAAAAAAAGAUUGACGUGGGUACCCUGUGGUGGGCCCUUUUUUUAUUUAGGCAACUAGAUAGAAAUGGUUCUAUUUCAUUAAAGUGUAUGGCGUGUAAUCAUUUUGUGGCAUUGUCUGUCCGUUGCUGUGCGAUAAUUACCGAAUUAGCGAGUUAUAAUGAAAACAAAAUUGACACUGGUACCCUGUGGUGGACGACGUGUUUGCAGUCUUCCUGUGGAAUAAUUAAAUAAGUGCCCAAAGAUUUUUUUUGCAGAUAUUGUUAGUAUGAAGUCCCGUCUUCUAGACGGUAUGCUCCGUUUUGUGAAGCAUGCUCCGGCAUUGGAGAUAUUUCGGCCUAAACUUUGGAUAUUUCAACAGUUUUCACUAUUGGGUGAGAGGGGUUGGUGUUGGCUGAGAUGACUUGUGUCAUAGGAACUUGUGGUUGAAGAACGAAACAGUUGCAAUAAAUUGUCUUUGGGUAGGAUAACAUUCACUGAAAAUAUGAAAAGAUUUGAUGGAAUUCUUUUAGCAGUAGAGCCUUAUACUUUUGACCAAUUUUUAGGUGUUUUUUGGUCAUUUUUUAGAACAAAAACAAGGGGGGUGGUCAACUCCCCCCGGUUUCGACCAAAUUUCUUUAAACUUAGAGUCAAGUAGUUUUGGGUAGACCCCUUCAAACUGGCCAAGUUUCAUCGAAAUCGGUUACAUGGCUUGUGCCACCCCUGCCUGGUCGUAUCGUGGAUGCACUCUUAAAUACCCUUUCAUACGUUUCCAAAAUUAGUUUUCGGGUAGACAGUUGCAGUUUCUUUGAAUCCAUGAACGGGCUUUAUAUCGAACUGAAACUUUCCUGACAGCGUGUAUUUCUUUGGUGCAAGAGCCAAACAAGUAUCAUAUUGGCGAGACAAUAGCUGUCGUGUACGAACACACCAAAAGAACUCAGGAGAUGGUGUUUAUCGAUUGGGCACAAUAAUACAAAGCAUUCUUUGCACACAGUCAGCUUGACCGUUUGGAAAUAGUUUAGUAAGUGUCGGCACCCAGGGGCUCUUCCGCCCUUGCAUGAAAACUAAUUUUUGCCGCGCCUUUUCUCCCGACCCGACUGACUGCCUCUGGCUCUCCGAGGAUGCCUUGUCUCGCGAUACGAAGGGUGUAACAUGAUAUAUUUCAUUCGUAAGAGCAUAGGGCGAAGCGAAAGGUGACGUUUCAGUGACUGAAGAGAUAUCACGUAACAAAAGACUAUUGUUAUUGAAUUAGAUAUCGUGGUUUAUAAAAUUUCCAUCUUAUUUCAGUGGAACUUUAAAUGAACAAAUUCACCUCCUUUCUGUCCUCUGUUAGUCGAAAUACACAGUUUACGCACAAGUACCCCGAAACUCAUGGAAGAUAAUUAUUGGUACAUAAGAUUUUAUAGCAUGAUUUAAAUUGGAUUUUAAGCUGAGGGAACUAGCAAAUAAAACAAUAAGAAGAAAAAGGCAUUAGUCUGCCUAAAUUUGUGUGAUAUUUUAAUUUUUAGUUACGGACAGAAGCUUCUAACAAUCUAAUGUUACAAUUUUCUUACAUAUAAUUAUAAAUUAAUCGCCUUUUUUAAAAAUCAUUUAGCAAAGGUUCGCCUUUAAUAGUGAGGCUAUGGACGAUGAACAUUCUGCACACAAGGAACAAGUGAACAUUGCACAGCAAAGCGACAAAGAUGCCGUUCUUGAAGUGAUUCCCUCAACUUCCGCUACAAAUCAAGUAAGAAGUUUUAUAAUUAUUUACCACUACAAGUAAUGCGGGUAUGGGUAUGCGGAUACUUGGUGUACUUGGUGCAUUUGGUGCGUCAGGGUCAUGAACCUCCCUACCCUGCAAUGCAUAGUUCCGGGUAGCCCUUGGGCAAGGAGUAACACCCGUUAGGCCUGUCAAGGUCACGAAACUGUUGCCUGGCAGUCAUGGUUUUUUUUUUGCCACAGGCUAAGGGAGACAACCCCUACAGAAAACAAGCCCAGCGCUGGAAGGUCUGGCGCUCCUCCAGCAUCGCUUGCUGGGAUUUGUCUCUGUGAGCCCAGCAAAACAUUGAUUUGGACAGAAAUUGAUUAUCUCUUCUAUAGUAUUGUGCUUCCUAACAUAACCUACGGACUAUCUGUUUAUGGUGCCUCCGAUGUCCGUAAGCAAUUUUUAGACAGAUGCUAUAAUUUAAACUUUAUAUCUACACAGUUAAGUAUUAAUUAGAUCAUUACUACAAAAACAAGAUAAAGCGAUUUUUCAAAAAGCUAAACAGCAUGAUAACCACCCUCUGAAGGUGUGUUUACCGCAAGAAAAGAACAAUCUAACCGACAACCUUAGAGGUAAAAGCUUUCAAAGGCGCAAGAUGAACACCGAACGUUAUGAGAAGACAUUUGUAAAUAGAUUAAUUUUAAUACAACCUUUUAUGAUAGUUUAUGUCAGAUAUGUGUAACUAGUUUUUUGCAUUUUUUUAAUCUUUUUAUUCUUUUGUAAUUUAGAUGAACUUUUAAUCUUUUUAUCCUGUAACUUUGGAUAUGUAUUUUUAUCUAAUGAGCAAUAAAGACAUUUAUUAUUAUUAUUAUUAUUAUUAAACGCUGCAAACUUCCCUACAUUCUUGCUCGGUCCUCGCCGGGAUAAACAAGGGCCGCGUCCACCAGUGGGCAACCAUGUUGGAGUUGAUAAGUCUGCUACUGGAAGACUCUUAAGAUGCAAGAUAAACACUCUGGUGUCAACUUUUAACAUCCGUUCACUCAACUCCAUUGAGAUGAUUGGAGAGCUUACCGCGUUGACAGAGGAGAAAGGAAUAUCUGUUGUUUGUCUCUAGGAACAUCGAAAAUUUCACGAUACUGCGGACGUGCACUAUACUGAUGCCGGCAAAGGCUGGAUCUUGGCCACUUCCUCGUGCUGGAGGAAGUCCGUGAACAGUUGCGUGGGAGGAGUGGGUAUGCUACUAAGCCCCUCUGCUUACAACUCCCUCGAGGGCAAUAUUGUGGUAGUGAAUAGCCGAAUCAUCGUGGCAAACUUAAGUGACAACCCUGCUACUACUAUUAUAUGCUGCUCAGUCCAACGAACUGCUCGGGUGACAGCGAUGCUCUAGACUUCUACAACACACUCUCUGAAUUAAUAAAGAAGCUACCUGGACAUAACCUUUAGAUCAUAUGAAGUAAUAUUUGAAUGCACAUAUCAGUCCCCUAGACUUUAAUGGGUUUAGCUUUGGAAGAAAGACGUUUAUGUUGGAUAUGGCUACUGCAUGUGAGCUUAUAGUUUAUAACACACGCUUCCAAAAGAGCUUUAAAAGUUGUGGACGUUCAUGUACUCAAAUGGUUGCAAAGCCAGACUUGAUUAUGUACUGGUAAACAGGAAAUAGUGGAACAGUGUUUCAAAGACUGUCAGGCACAUGACCCUCUCAGUACAGUAUAUUCAGACCAUAAAAUUGUCGUAACUAAACUACGCCUCAGUUUGCUAGCCAAUGGGAAAACAACAACUGCCAAACGUACCAGUUUCGACUGGCAUUGUUUUAGCACCAGUCAUUCCGUAAGAGAGUCUUAUACUGUGGAAGUUAAGAAUCGCUUUGAGGCCCUGUACCAGCUUGAGGAAAAACACAGUGUGAACGAUCUGUAUACUACGAUGAUCAAGGCCCAAAUGUAUGCAGCUGAGAAGUGUAUUCCUAAGAAGAAACGAGUGAAAAAACGAGUACCCUGGGAGAAAGAACUUGUCAAGGACAAAAGGAACGAGUUGAAGAAAGCCUAUUUGAAAAAU